UUUCUUUUUUUUUUUUUUUUUUUUUGCUGUGACAAAUGGUCCUGUUCUCCCUGGAAGAGACUUUCUCUCAGUCCAAUGCGUGUUCUUCCAGACGCAGCAGCAGCAGCAGUAGUGUCUGCCUGUCAAGCGCUUGUCGAAGGCCAGCGAAGGCGGUGGAAUCGAUCAGAGGGGCAUAGAGAGCUAAAAAGACAGACGGAGGAAAGGCUGGGAAUCAGAACCGAGGGAGAGUCGGAUGGACUGAGAAACCGGACGAUGGAAUCUGACAGCGACAGACGACAGAAGGGACUGGAGGAGAGAGAGAGAGAGAGAGAGAGAGGAAAAAAGGGGAGUUGGUGGUUGAAGUCACCUGUUCUAGUGCAUAUAAUCACAGUGACUGGCAGUGGAGAGACAGAUUACAGAGCAUUAAAGGAAAUAGAAUGGAAAUAGAAUGGAAGUAGAAUAAAAUAGAG